GCAUUGUUCAUUGUUCAGAGCGUUUUCUUUCGCAAGUCUGAUACAUUAAGCAUAAGUUGUAUAUAUAAUGGUUGCGUUCUUCUCAUGCACUCCCGAUACUCUUCCGAGAAGAAACCCAUUCCAGAGCUCCACCAACGACUACAGCAAGAGCCACACAAGAAGGAUUGGCUCCCGGGAUGCCUUCUUCUUGCUUCACAAUUGCUCCGAUUUCAAGCAGCUCAAGCGAAUCCAUGCGAGAAUCAUUCGGAGCGGCCUCUCUCACGACCAACUGAUCGUCGUCAAGCUGCUCCGAAGAUGCUCGUCUAUCGGAGAGAUGGAGUACGCAACUUCGGUGUUCGAUCAGCUCCCUCGCCCUCCAACCAUGGUGUGGAAUCUCAUGAUUCGGUUCCACGUCGUUAACGGCAGCCCGCGACAAGCGCUGGUACUGUUUGGUCUCAUGAUCUGCAGAGGCGUGCCGCCUGAUAAGUUCACUUUCCCGUUCGCCAUGAAAGCCUGCUUGGCCUUAGCGUCGCCUUCGUCGGGGAAGGAGGUUUUUACUCUCGCUGUCAAAUGUGGGUUUUCCCGGGAUAUCUUCUUGCAGAAUACACUGAUGGAUCUCUUCUUCAAAUGCGGGGACUCCGAGCAUGGCGGCAAGGUGUUCGACAAAAUGCGUGUGAGAAACGUAGUAUCAUGGACCACCAUGAUUUCUGGGCUGGUUGCCUGCGGCGAACUGGAUGCUGCUCGUUUGAUGUUUGAGCAAAUGCCGAAGAGAAAUGUUGUCUCUUGGACCGCAAUUAUUAAUGGCUAUGCCAGAAAUCAACGGCCCAAUGAGGCAUUUGAAUUGUUCAGGAGGAUGCUGCAGGUCGAUAAUGUCAAGCCCAAUGAGUAUACACUGGUUAGCCUGUUGAUCGCCUGCACUGAACUCGGGAGCCUGAACUUGGGUCGCCGGAUUCAUGACUUCGCUGUCAAGAAUGGGUUUGAUUUAGGGGUUUUCCUAGGAACAGCUCUUAUUGAUAUGUACAGCAAAUGCGGUAGCUUGGAGGAUGCCAAGCGAGUUUUCGACAGCAUGGAUAUCAAGAGCACGGCUACCUGGAAUUCGAUGAUUACUAGUUUAGGAGUGCACGGGCGUGGAGAGGAAGCUCUAAAUCUAUUCGAGAAGAUGGAGGCAGCGAAUGUAGAGCCGGAUGCAGUCACGUUUGUGGGAGUGUUGUGUGCUUGUGUACGCACAAAAAAUGUCACUGGUGCUCGCAGGUACUUCAGACGUAUGACUGAACGUUAUGGUAUCAGCCCCAAUGCGGAGCACUAUAGUUGCAUGGUUGAACUCUGCAGCCACGCCAACAUUCCAGAGUUUGCAACUCAUGCGGCUAAGGUGGGAAGGACAUUGGGCUGGUUUUCUGAUAACAAAAAUGAUGCUCUGAACCAUCACAAUGAUAUAUUUACCACGAAUACAUGGUGGCAAACUUUCAUCUGGUAAAGAAGGUGGCUGCUGUUGACAUCAAGCCAGAGAUUUAGGCGGUUUACAAGAAGUUGCCAGGUAUAUACAUAAACAAUUGUAAUUCAGCUGGUAAAUUUCCCCAGUUCUAACUUAUUAUUUAUACUGUAACUAGUAACUUUUUUGAGUCUUGAAAGGCUUUUUAGGAAUUUAGCGAGUCUUCAUCAAUUAAGGUUCCCUAGUAUAUAGUGCAUGUUUUAAGGAUGAGAUAGAUGAGUAUAGGGAAAAAAAAAAAAGGAAAACGCUCUCUUUACCAAAUAAAGUGAUAGUUUAAUGGCAGGACACUUUGAAAAUAUCCCAUUUGAAGUUUGAAUUUGUAGGUUCAAUUCCUAACUCCGCUAAUGCUUAUACAAAGGUUGUCUAAUGCCACAUAAUCCAGGGGUUAAGUGGACGGAUCAAUUAUGUUGUGAAUGAGAUCACAAGGUAAUGGUUUAAUAGAUGAUGAAAAUUUUAUUAAUAAACCAACAGCUGAAACUGCCCAAAUACAAUACCAUCCUAGGACCAUGAAGCAACAACCACCCUAAACAGAAAGGGCACAAAUUCCUGGAGCUAAACCAAAAUAAAACUACUGGUAGUAGAACAGAAAGUAUGAGACUACCCCUGUUUGGAACCCUUCUGAAAAAUCCCAAAAAACCUUGUAUAAUAAUGUAGAAGCACCUUCAGGAAUUCCGAUUUAGUUAACGUGAAUUUGUCUGCACAUUCUCUCCCCUUUCCUUUAAAUCUUCUUCUGGCAGCAUCUUACACAGCAGCUCCAAGACUUAUAAAAUCUCAAGCAUGGACAAAUUCCACCAAGGUCUAUGGACAAAUUCCACCAAGCAUAAAAGAUUCUAAAGCCUAUCAAAAAAAUCAAAGAAAACAUUUAGCAAAAAAGAAAAAUAAAAGAAAAACCAGUAACAAAGAGGUCCUGCACAAAAUAGCACAUCCACUGGAAAAUCUCAAAAGGCAAUGCAAAUAGGCACAGUGGAAGAGAGACUCUUCUAGAUAAUUCGACCACCAGGCUGAAAAGAAUAACAUGUCCAAACUUCCUAAAUCAUUUUCUAAGACAGCCAUCAUCAACAAACCCAAAACCUAAUAUUAUUCUGAGAAACCAUCAAGCAGCCAGCAGGAAAAAAACAGUUGCAAAAGCACAGAUGCCCCUCACAGUACUAGAUACUAGAAUUAUGGAGCAAUGAAUCCUUAAGAUUUCCAUGCUUCCAGCCACCAACCGUUUCAAUUCAAGCUAAAAUCAAGCUACAAAAACUUCCGUUCUCCAUGAUAGGACUGUUAGGACUUUCUCCCCAGAAAACAGGCCAUCACCUCACUACAACCCAAUCAUUUCAUAUCAAAUUUGGAAAUUUCCUUAACACAACUCUGCAUCAACCUUUUUUUUAUGGAUAAAUGGUAAGAUCUUAUUAAAGAAAACAACUAUCCAACAAGGCCAAACAAGACCAGGUCCUACAACCCCAAACAAUAUUAAGGACAGCAAAAUGAUCAGCAUCCCAACACAGCAAAUACACGUAAAUUAUCCUAAAUUUGCAGCAGGGACCAAAACUGAAGCUGGGGGCCCUCAACUAGGAUGUGAUGGAUCCUUGAAUGAUAGUCAUAAUUAUUUGGCAUUGAUAUCACCUUGCCUCAACCCUUGGGGUUGUCCCAGCUGAUCCUUGCCACAGUUGCUUGGUGUCUUCUUGAUUGCACAACACAUUUUCCAGUUAGAUUCUCGAGGGGUCAUGUCUGUCGCAAUGCAUGGUGGCCUAAAUCUUAAAUCUUACAGGCAUGUGUGGUUAAUGCGGUGCUCUACUCACAUAGCUAUGUGGUGGGGUCUGUGCAAGUAUUACACGUCCCUUGUGGCUGUUGCAAGCUCCACCUACCGUGUGGUCGAGUUUUGUCUUUAACUCAUAUAGAUGAGAUGAUUUAUUAAUUGUUGGGAAAAUUAAGCUAUUUUUUCCAAAUUCAACUUCACUGUGAAUAGUACUAUAUAGAUAAACAGUGCCUGUAUAGAUGAAUAGCACUUUGACUAUCACAAUGUACCUUGAUGUAUUUUUAAUCAACUCUCAAUUCAUUAAGCAACCCAUAAAGCCAAAUUGCUUCCUUCACAGCCUUUGUAAUUGCCAUGUACUUUGUUUUUGUUGUAGACUGAGCAACUAUAGACUCUAAGGUAGAUUUCCAACUAAUUGAUGCCUUUGCUAAAGUGAAAACAUAACCAAUCGUAGAUUGAUAUUUAUCCAGAUCACCAGUAUAGUCGGAAUUACAAUAACCAACUAUGUAUUUACCCAUUUUCUCAUUCCGCUCAAACACUAAAUCAACAUUUACGGUAUUCAGAAUAUACCGCAUAAUCCAUUUCAUAAUUUGCCAAUGUUUCUUUUCAGGAUCAUGCAUAUACUUGCUCAUAACUCCAACUACCAAUAAAAUAUUGGGCCUUGUACAUACCAUAGCAUACAUCAAGCUACCAACAGCAUUUACUUACAGAACUUUUGACAUAUACUCCUGUUUCGCAUCACUCUUCGAAAAUAAAUAUGCACUAAGCUUGAAAUAUGGAGCAAAUGGGGUACUCACAAGUUUUGAUUUUUCACUAUGAUCAAAAUCAAUCCUAUAUCCAUCAUUUCGAGAAAGCAAUCCACUAUGAUCUUGAUGAAGAACAGUACAAGUAAUCCAAAGAAACCUUCUCCUCUCUUUCUAUCACACGAACACACACUGCAUUCAACCCGAGAUUACAAAGAACUUCCCUAUUUUCAAGUCUUUCCUCUCAUAGCAGUUCUCGUAUUCAGAAAUAGAAGAAAUUGAAUGAUCAGAAUGAUCAUUUCAGUCCACCUAUCUAUCUUAUUUAAAGAGUAAGUGAAUAUCCUAAUGAAGACAUAAACAUAUUUACAAUUUAAUCCCUCAACUAUCGCUAAUUACAAAUUGAGAUAUAAACUUCUAUUUAAUUUUUCAUGGGCCCUCAAAUGCACUGUUUUCACUUAUCUUCUUAUCAUAUCCUAUACUCAAGACAACAUUUUAACACUUUCAAAUAUGAGGAUUUGGCUUUGAUAUUGGUGAGAUCCCUUCCUGAGGAGUUUAAAUUUCUUAAAACUACUUUACUUCACUGGAAGGUUCAGGUGUCUCUUAGUGAAGUUUGUGAUGCUUUGUAUAGCUAUGAGUUGAGAAAGAAAGAUAAAAAAGAAACAACGCAUGGCUCAACAAAAGUAUUGAUUGUAAGAAGUCGUUCACAAAGUCAGAAGAAAUGAAGGAGAGGAAGAUCUAGUUCGAGAUCCAGACCGAACAAAGAUGAGUGUGUUUUUUGUUGGGUAUAUUUGUAAUGGUGUUAGUGAUAUAUUGUACCAUUAAGUGCAUGUUUAGGAAAAAUAUGUCUUAGGAGUCUGGGUUUUAAGUGGGACUGUUUGUGAUCCCUCCAAUCUUUCCUAGAAUUUUUCCUAGUGCAAUUUUUGGUACAAUUGCUAACGCACUAUUUACCCAUACAAGUAUUGUUCAUUUAUAUGGUCCUAUUCAUGGUGAAGUUGAAUUUGGAGAAAAUAGUCCGAUUUUCCUAACAAUUGAUAUCAGAACUUGAAGAAAUCCUCUAAGGAAUAGGAUUUCUGAGUUUUCUAUAUUGGCAGAAAACAUUACAAAACGAAACUUGAAUUUCUAUGAAUAUAUCAUGUCUUUAAAUACAAAAGAACCCUAUCAUCUAUCUCCUAAAAACUAGGAAUUAGAAAUACAAAAUACAACAGAUUUAAGUUGGAGGAUUUUCUUGAAAUCUUCUCCUAAAAUUUAGGAGAUAAUGCAGCUAAAUCCUUUCCUAUUUUUCAGGACUUGCUUUGGCUAAUCUUCUUUUAAACCUUUUUC